GGUUUAGUACUUAUAUUGGUGCUGUCACUGAUCAGAUGAGUUGAUUAGGUCCCACGGGUAGUUGUGGGGUUUAUGUUUUCCUUUCCUUCGAAGUUCCGGGUUUGAUAUAAGUUAUGGCAACAGUACCUGAGAAUGCUUCUCACGGCUGUCCAGGACUAGAGAGUACAGAUGCUGGUCGUGCUAGUGCGUGUGCUGGAUGCCCCAAUCAAUCGAUAUGCUCCUCCGGCGCGGUCGGGAGUCAAGAGGACGCAGCGGCUCAGCUGGUUGCAGAGAGGUUGAAAGAGGUUCACACAAAAAUAUUGGUUCUGUCCGGCAAAGGUGGCGUUGGUAAAAGCACAUUCACAGCAAUGCUUGCCAGGACACUGGCGGAUAAAUACAGCGAACAGAAUUUCGGUGUCCUAGAUCUGGACAUAUGCGGACCAUCGCAGCCAAGAAUGCUUGGUGUUCAAGACGAACAGGUCCAUCAGUCAGGUUCUGGCUGGUCCCCAGUUUACAUAGAAGACAACCUCAGUCUGAUGUCGAUCGGCUUUCUGCUAUCGAGUCCAGAUGAUGCCAUCAUAUGGCGUGGACCAAAGAAAAACGGCAUGAUCCGGCAGUUCCUCAGCGAGGUUGAUUGGGGUACUUUGGAUGUUCUCCUCAUGGAUACUCCGCCUGGAACUUCAGACGAACAUCUGUCGUCAGUGUCGUAUCUGAAGCCGACCACUGGCAAGGUGGGCGCAAUAAUCGUAACCACACCUCAAGAAGUUUCUCUGCUGGACGUGCGAAAGGAAAUCUCCUUUUGCAAGAAGAUGAAAAUCCCAAUACUGGGCGUUGUAGAGAAUAUGGCAAUAUUUGAGUGCGGAAAAUGUAAGAAGUCGUCGGAAAUAUUUCCGGCGAAAACUGGAGGAGCGAAAGCUAUGUGCAAGGAAAUGGAAGUUGAAUUCUUGGGCAGUUUGCCCUUGGAUCCGUUGAUAACACAGAAAUGUGAUAGCGGAUCUACUUUUGCUGGGAUCAAAGAAUCGGCACUUGUUGUACUGAGCCAGAUCUGCGAGAAGAUAGAAAGUUAUAAGAACAAUUGAAUGUGAAAUAUUUUAUUUUGAAAUAAACCGUUAUUUUUAUUGCGUUCUUUUUA